UGGAUGCUGCGGCUCUGCGGCGGCUCUCUGCGGCGUCGCCAUGGGAACGCUGCUGUCUCUGCCUCCCGGCUGCCGAUCCGCUGCGGCGGCGGCUUUGAAGGAGCCGCCGGAGGUUCCUGAUGAUGAGGAGGAGAAGAAGACACGCUCUGUGCUGCUGCAGGCGCUGCGCUGCAGGAAGCGGCUGGCGGCGUUGGGCUCCAGGGGGAAGUCGGCCCCUAAGGGCCCCAAGGUCAGAGCGCGGCCCUGGCAGGAGGAGCAGAUGUGCAUCAGGAGGCUGGUGGUUCAGGCCUCCACAGGCGAGCUUCUCCGCUGUCUGUCCGACUUCCUGCGCCGGCGCUGCGUCAAGCUGAAGGAGUUUCCGUCCAAUCGGAUCGUCGUCUGGCUGAGGAACGUGGAGCGAGCGCUGCUGCUGCAGGGCUGGCAGCAUCGGGGCUUCCUCAGCCCGGCCAGCCUCGUCUUCGUCUACCUGCUCUGCAGAGACGCGGUGGACGAGGACACGGCCUCGGAGCAGGAGCUCCACGCCACCUUCCUCACCUGUCUCUACCUGGCCUACUGUUACCUGGGCAACGAGAUCUCUUACCCCAUGAAGCCGUUCCUGGUGGAGUCCAGCCGCGACGUCUUCUGGGAGCGAGCGCUGGAGGUCAUUGAGCAUCUGAGCGCCGACAUGCUGCGCCUCAACACCGAACCGCGAUUCUUCACCGAGGUUUUCCAGGACCUGAAGAGACACAGCGCCGGCGGCGGCGGCAGCAGCAGCGGCGGCGGGAGCGGCAGCAGCAGUGGGAACAGCAGCAGUGGGGACGGCGGCAGUGGGGACGGCGGCAGCAGGACCCAUAGGACAGAGAACCGAAGGAUGGACGACCUGGACUGAAAGACCCGCAUGGGCUGAUGCAGCUUCCUAUUAAGGCUCUCUUGGCAACUAUAUCGGUACCGAACUCUCAGGACUGGUUUUGAUUCACCAGAACCUCCUCAGGUACGAAUAGGUCCAGAGAAGGCCUGGACGGAUCUGUCUCUGGGCUUCAGAACCGGACAGCAGGACACACCUCAUCCCCAGUAGAACCACUAGAUCCAGUUCGACUGAUGAUCAAAAUGCAACAUUUGCUACAUUUUCAGCUAGUUUGGUUCUUUCAAACUGAACUGGGUCAAACAAUCCAAACUAGCUGAAAACCUGUUCCCCUCCUGGCCUGUGGGGGCGCUGCACCAGGAACCCAACGGAAAGAUGUCAGAUUUGAUCUGCUUGGUGUUCACAUUCAUCCAAAGGAUU